AUGGAGCAAAACAAAGAUCCGCAAAUGAUAUCAAAACAUAGUUCGAGACUACCUGUAUGGGUACUCAGUCCCCGUGAAGAACAACAGGCCCGUAAGAAUUUAAAGACGACAACAUAUGAAAAAUGUGCAAAUUUUGUGCAGGCCAUGGCUGAUUGCGCCAAGGCAAAUGGUAUGAAAGUUUUUCCUACUUGCGAUAAGCAGCGAGACGAAAUGAAGUCGUGCCUCUUAUUUUACCAAACAGAUGAGAAAUAUUUGGACGAUGAAAGGGACAAGAUUGUUUUGAAGAAAAUCAACAAGCUAGAAGAGCUACUUCAAAAGCAAAACUCAGCAAAGUAA